CGAGGAUGGGUUGACGGUGGAUCUUGCACGAGGACGCUUCCUUCGCUCUUGACGGGCGUCGGUUCGCCAUGGAGAGUGUGAUGGCGGGGAGGCUGGGCCUGACCAUCCGGGGCGUGCAGGACACAGCGCCAUCCACAGAUGAACCCAUCGCAGUCAUCAAAACAGCGUUUGAAGUGUAAGCCCAUCCAUCCAUCCACCACAUCCACCACUUACCCGCCCAUCUGUGGCGCGUUUUCUCGUGUGUUGGUGUGCGUGCCGGCUUCAGGGGAGCUGGGGGGUAUAGCUCAAGCAACCUGCUCGGCCAGGUCAGCCUGCAAGCAUCAUGAUGAUCCCGCUGGCUGCCAUGCGUGCCAUUUCUUUGAUUGAUCUGUGUGUGGUGAUGGUUUGGUUCCAGAGUCUGUCUUUCCCUGUCGAGGAUCCCAGAUGCCUCGGCCACGUAGAGUUCUGUGUAAGCGCAAACAGGACCCAGAAGCAACCCCUUGCCGACCAGACAGACCAUCUUCCUUCCCUUCCCUCCUGUUGUGUUGUGUGUCAGGUUCUUCGCGAGCCCCACUGCCCGCCCUCGUCGAGCGCCUCCUCCCCGCCGGUCUCGUCCGAGUUGCGCGUGUCCUACUUCGCCCGCAUACCCAUCGAUACAUCCACCGGCCAGGAGACCGCACAGCUGAUCCGGGCGUACGAUCCAUCAGGGGCCUACGCGCCCAUUGACCUGCACAUCCUCACCCAGUGGACGCCUGCAGACGACCAGCAGCACCCCCAGCAGGGGCACCAUGAUGGUGGUCUGGUGCUGAACGGGGACGGGGAUGGAGUGGUGGAUGGCGCCUUGCAGGAGCAGCAGCAGGAGGAGGAGGGAGCGGGAGGUGCGUGUGGGUUGGAUGGGCCGUCGCUGCACGAGGAGCUGCAUCAGAGUGGAGUGGAGGAGACCAUGGGUGCGAGUGUGGGUGUGGCCGGGCAGGAGGAGGUCGCAGCAGCGGCUUCUCGAGUAGAUGUAGAUGAGGUGGACGAGGGAGGACUUGCAGCCGCGUCCCGCCGGCUGCCACAGCCCGGAUUCAUCUCUGGCGUCGCGCUGCGCCACUCUCCCUCGGCUGCAGCUGACGACACAGUCGAAGCAUCAGAGGUCCACACCAACCCAGCCCCCUCACCACCCGACGCUUCACACGACGCCGACCCACUCAGCACAGAGCAGGCAACGGAGAAAGAGGAUGAGGAGCGGGUCGUGACCAAGGGGCGUGGCGAGAGGACGGAGGGGAGGGGCGGGAUGAUGAUCAGUAGCAGAAGUCGGCCGAUUGCCAAGAGAGGGGGACCGGUCAGGGGUGCCCUCAGAGGCCAGCUUCCGCGCAAGAAAGAAGGCGGUGAAGACGCUGAAGGCGACGCCCCCUCUCGGCCCGGGACGACCGUCAGGCCACCAUCUCGCCAAACAGUCGGCCCUGAGAAGGAGAGAGAGAAGGAGAGGGAGAGGGGCAAGCCGUCCUCUCCCCACGCACUACCCAAGCGGCCUCUGACCAUCCAGACCAGCUCACCAGGUCGUGGCGGGCGGCUGUCGUCGCGGUCGACGGGGCCGAAGACGUCGCCCAAGACACCAACGGAGAUAGCAGCGGGGAAGGGCGGGCUGGGGCUGGCGCUGGGGCUGGGUGGUACAGACACGGGGUGGGUGGACCGACGGGUGCCGCCCACACGGGGGGCGCAGGCCAAAAAGGCUGAAGACCGACAUGCAUCAGGUGAGUACAUGAGGUGCCUUCACUUACUCAUACGCAUCUUUCCCUGUGUGUGUGUGUGUGUGCGUUUUGCAGCAAUGUUGAAUGGCGUGAGCCAGGCCAUCCCCCACCAACACACCAGCACCAUCCCCCGCCCCCUCGGCGACACGGCGACCCCGCUGUCCCCCGACCCGAUGUGUGAGGAGUACCGCGUGCCACCCGAGCUGGCCAAGGCCAUCGAGGGCCCCCUCGACCGCUAUCAGUACGGUGAGGCCGAGGUCUACCUGGCCGCUGAUGUGGACGCCCGCGUGGAGGCAUACACCAAGCUCGUCGCCUCCAAAAGCGACCGGUGAGAGGGGGAAGGGAAGGGGAGCGGGGGAAGGAAAGGACAUUGACUAGCCGAAUGCGACUAUUUUCUGUUGUUGUGUUGGUCUGUCUGUCUGUCCUUUCAGUGAGGCCAGCUUGCUACGCAUCAUCGAGAAGCUCCGCAACCGCAAGCGAGAGCUCAAGGCCCGGGCGGAGGAGAGCGAGGAGAAAUGCCGCACUCUGCAGCGAAGCAUCAACAUCAAAGAGAGAGAGGUAACCAAACCACCACACACACACCACACACACACACCAACACACACCAACACACACCACGGUACACAAUCUUUCUGCCUCUUUGGUUCAGAAUCAGGAGUUUGUCGACAGUGUGGACGGUCUGGUGGCCGACUACGACACGGACAAGGUGACCUCCCACGCCCGCAUCGUCGACCUCGAGCGGACGGUGGAGAGGAUUGCCCGCACCAAGGAGGCGGCCGAGGCGGACGUGAAGCGGUCCAUACAGGCCUACAAGGAGGCACAGGAGAAAUACGAACAGGCUGACCAAAAGGUAUACAGUACAAGCCUCGAGAGUAGAGACACAGAGAGGGAGGACCAUGCUGUGUGUGUCUGUCUGUUGGUGCCAGUUCCGUCACGCUGAGACGGCCCGGCUGCAUGCCGAGACGCGCGCGCAGUACUUCAUGGACCAGGUCGUCCUCAUGGUAAGAGCACCCCUCCCACCACUCCACCUCACCCGGAUCCUCAUUCACUUGUUCUUUAUCGUCAUAUCCUUUGGAUUGCAGGCGAAGAAGAGCCAGGGUGAGCAGGAGGAGAUAGCUCUCAAGGAGUGGACCAAGGUGAGGGAGGGCAUACAUCCAUCGGGCAACGUGCCCGGCCGACUGGCUCUCGUGUAUCCUUCCUUGGUGUGGGUGGGUCUUGUGUGUGGGUGCAGGUGCGAUCAGAUUGGGAGAAGACGGUGUUCGACCUGCGCAAGACCAACCACGAGCUGGCGGUCCAGCACUACGAAGACCUGCAGGCCAAAGGUACACACACACACACACAAACACAUACCAUAAUCCACACACUCCCAAGCAAUGAAAGCGCUGUCUCUUUGGUUAUCUGUCUGUCUGUCUGUCUGCAGCCGCCCUCCAGACGGACGUGACUGAGCUGCGCAAGGAGCUCUUCUCCCUACAGUCAGAGCUCGAGCAGCACAAAGCCCUCCUGGCCAGGCGGCUGACCACCCCCCAGCCACCACCCACCCCACUCCUGCCUGCCCCAAUGCCAUACCCCCCCUCACACGCCCCCGACACCCACACCCAGACCGACACGGAAGAGAUGGUGCAGCGGCUGCGUGCGGCCGUGCAGGAGAAGAACGCUCUGCGGAUGGAGCUGGACGUCCUCAAGGAGCAGCGACGCUUCAGCCUCAUCGACGGCAUCAGCGACGGCAACUCGCCUACACGUCAUGGCACAGCGACAGCAGCGGCGGCAGCAGCAGCAGCGGCAUCAGGAGCACUCUCUGACACCGUCCUGUCGCCCAGAGAUGGAGUGGGACUGGGGGUGACAGAUACGGGUGGAGAGGGGGUUGGUGAGGCGCAGCCGAUGCCGCCCCGUGUUGGCAACGGGCGGGGCCCCGCGCUGCCCACCCUUAUGGAGGAGAAGGACGAGGAAGAGAUGGUGGCCGACAAAUCGCCAGCUGCCCCCUCGGUGCCACCUGAGCAGAUUGCCCUCCACUCACACCCACCCCCUCCACCAGCACCCAAGACCGAAGACGCCCCUCCCCCAUCCCUAGCCUCACUCACACAGCCACAGCCACAGGCCCAGUUGCAGCAGCAGCGGCCGAGGGAGAAGGAGACCAUUCUCAAGCGUGAAGACGACCAAGGGGCGGCGUUGCCGACACCUGUAGACAGCCGCAAUGAGGGAAUGCAGGAGGCGGGAGAGGAAGAGGAUGAGGGAGAUGGGGAGGAGUCGCCAGAGGGCGGGGGCCAGGAGGACGGCGGGCAGGCAGACAUCAUCUCACACCAACCCCCGCCUGGCCCACCACCAUCACUGGCACCACCAGCCGCAGCAGCAGUAGUCAUGAAGGAGGUCCACCCGUCGUCGAUGGGCGGUCGUCAGGAGACGGCGGAGACCGCUUCAUCGGCUGGAGGGGGAGAGGCGGCCACCGUGGCCGUGGGACGUGUCAAGGAGGAGACAGAGGGCCUGGGUGCUGCGAGCGCGUCGGCGACCGGGGCGAUGGCGUCCGUCCAGGUAGUGGAUGGUGGCGGGAAUAUCAUGCUGUUGGUAUCUAUGUGUGUGUGUGCUGUCGUGUGUGUGCGUGAGAAGCCGCUGCAGCGCAUUCGUGGGAUGAUAUGUUCGUCUACCGAGAAGCUGCGUCGGGUGCGGGGUGCGGCGGAGGAUCCUGAGCUGGAGGGGCAGAUCAAAAGGAUACUCGCUAAGGACAUAUUCGAGUAACUCAGCCAGCCAAUCAGCGAGACACAAUGGCUCAGCACCAUAUCGGUGUGUGCUCUCUGUCUGCUCCAAUGUCAGCUCUACAGUGCGCCGCAUCGGCCCCGGCCUGUUCCAGUUUGGAGAAUUCACCUGCAAGGUACCCAAAUCGACAACACCACACACGCACUCACACCCAACACACAGACCGCCCCAGCAUCAACUGUGCCAUCUCCUGUCCACCCGUCACCUACGUCAGGUCCGUUUUGUAGCCGGCAGCCGCACCCAACUGGAGGCCUGUCUCGUCCAUGACGCGCCUGCUCUCACCACCACCACCACAGCCGGCCCCCUCACCCAGCGCGACGGCAGCCCACGCGAGGGCCCCUACAGCGACUUUGAGGUGUUUGUCAAGUUCCUCAACAGCGAGCGGUCCCGGGGCAUGACCGACAGGUCCCACCACCAUCCAUACCACCACCACAAGUCGGCCUCCUCCAGCGACCUCCCCACCGCACCGCACCCCGUGGCCAUCGCAGCAAUGAAGUCACUCGCCAAGGCGGCUGCAGUGGCCAGGCAGGGGCAUCAGGGCGCCCUGACGGUGGACGACACCCACCACCACCACCACCACCAGCAGCAGCAGGUGCAUGUGGUGCCGCCCCCUGCGUCCGUCACAUCCAUGGCUGAGGAGCGGCGCAUCAGGUUCGAGCCGCCAGGGGUGGUGGAGAGCUCGCCGUCGGUGUGUCUCGUGCAGCCAGAGGGGGACAUGGACACGGGGAGCCCCGGCCGCAUACCUGGGGCAGACCCGCAGCGUGUCGAGAGGAGGCCAGUAGCACAGCACAAGGGGGACGGGAGAGGGGGAGGGGGAGGGGGGGCUGCGCCGUUCACCACUCGCGCAGUGGUUCAGACCACCACAGGUGGGUGAGAGAAAAAGACUCUGACACAGGCACACUGCAUCCAUCUCUCCAUCGAUGCUGGCUGUUCUGUCCUGUUGGUCAGAUUUCUCUGCCGCUCAGCAGCAGAUGGGUGGGGGUAGUGGACCUUAUGGCCCAGCGGCCGUCAAGUACGUCUUCCCCUCCGUCCGAUACACCCUCUCGCCCUACAGCAGACCCCAGCCACAUCCACACCCACACUCGGGUGUGCUGCCGGGCUACCAACUGGCGAGAGGUCCUGGGAUGCCUCCUCAGGCCAAGAAGGGUCAGGCCACCAGGCCGCCCAUGGCCAAGUCGGCUGGCAGGGGGGCCAUGGAGGGGGCAGGAGGGGGAGGGGCCGUGCGCGUGGGGGGGAGACAGAUGCAGAACAACCCACCGUCGCCGUACCAGGCGCCCAUCCGACCCGUGCAACACAUGGUACGAGCGAGGAGAGAAAGAUGGAUGCCCCGUGCAUGAUUUGAUUGUCGAUGCAUCCAUGGCCUUUCUUGUCUUGUCUCUCGUGCAGGGUGUCCCUGGCCCUGCGAUGAAGCCCUUCGCCUUCCAGCCCGUCCCAUCGGCCGUCUAUCCCCUGUCCAAGAGCGCCGAGAACACACCCCGCAUCACGAAAUCGCCAUACGGCCAGGGGAUCGGCGUCCGGCCCAUCCCGCCCAUCCCACCUCCCCACUGGCUGCAUCCGAGACCCGUCGGCCGACACCUCAGUGGGCCGUCGGUGCCAGUCCAUGGCCAGAGCCAGGGACAGGCUGCCUACUGCCACGCACACACCCCUGAGGCGGUCCGUCGUUUCCCGCACGGGGACGUUGUGGUGCUCCCGAGGUCGCACUCAUACCUUCCUACCACAUCCACCGCACAACAAAGUAAACCAUCCGGGCAAUUGGAUGCGACACAGCAGAGACACCCACUGGAUGCGUGUGUGUGCAGAUGAUAGCUUCACCGAUGGCCGCGGCACGAUGCACCUCCGCCGCCCAGUGCCACUCUACCCAUACCCACCGGCACCAGCCCCCGUGCAGCUGCCCAGCCGUGCGGCUAUGUGGGAGCAGCACUUCGCCUCCGCCUUCCGGGCACUGCCCAACAACAUGCAGCACCAGCACCAGCAGCAGCAGAGAUGGAUGUAGCUGAAGGGGCCGUGAGGGACUGAUUGCUUAUUGAUGGGACGUAGCCGAUGGCUGCCUAAUGCAUGAUACGUCAAAGGCGAUCUCUGUGUGUGUGUGUGUGUUGGCGGUGGUAGCUGUGGACUCUAUGUGUGAGAGG